AUGGGCACGCAGUUGGAGCCGGAGUGUGUGCUCGACUCGGACGAGGAGCCGUGCCUAGCAGCAGGCGCCCUCAGCCGCUACGUGCGAGUCGCAGAGGAGGAGGAGGAGGCCGUGCUGAGCGAUGGGGAGCCGGCCUGGGUGGCACCAGCACAGUGGGCAGAGCCCGAGCCCGCCGCCUUGCGGCAGCUCAACGCGCUGCUGCCGCCUAGCACGCUGCAGCAGCAGCUGGCUGCGCAGGGCAAGCGCGCCGCCACCCAGGCAGCGGAGCUGUCGGGGGCGCUGGAAGCAGUGGGCAACGAUCCUUCAGGGGUGACACAGCUGCGCGACGCUGGCACCGGGCUGCUAGAGCAGCAGCCGUGCCGGUCAGCAGCAGCGGCGGCGGGACGAGCCCCUGGCGGCGCCUCGGCAUCGUUCCUGAAUCGCAGGGUGCUGCCCCGGGUGCCCAGCCGUGUAGAGGAGCUGCGACAGAAGCUGCAGGGAUGCCCUGCCGCAGUGGCAGCAGCAGCAGCAGGAGAUGAGGAGGGCGAUGCAGAUGAUGAGCUUGAGCCGGCCACCGCCAGCGCUGCUGAGCCACGGCCCGCCGCACCCCGCCAGCCACCGCGGCAGCAGCAGCAGCAGCACCAGCAGUGGAGGCCCCCGCCGCUGCCUGCAUUGGCUUGCGCCACCUUUACCGUCUGCCCUGCUGAGGCGGCAAAGCCCGAGCCAGGCCUGGCCCAUCCCCCGGCAGCAGCAGCCCCGGCAGCCACCUUCCACCGCACCGCUGAUGGCCUGAAUGUUGUGCGACUCAAUAGGCAGACCCACUCAAACGCCGCGGAGGCGGCAGGCGGCAGCGGCAGCGGCAAGGCCAAGGGCAGGACGGACAAUGUGAACAGCGGGUGGGGCAACAACUUUGUGCGCAUCGAUCUCAAGAAGGGGCGCGGCAGCACCAAGUUUGGCACCAAGUACGGCACCAAGUAUGGCGGCAAGAAGCGCCAUGGAGGCAGGGGCGGCAGGGGGGGCAGCAGAUGGCAGGUGCCACGCAUGCGCCAGGUGGGCGAUGGCGCCGACUAUCUGGAGGGCUGGCAGGGCAGCCGCAUGCGCUGCUACAAGUGCGGCGGCACCGGUCACUUUGCCAAGGACUGCACCGCGGAGCAGCAGGCGCAGGCAGACACGGGGGCUCUGUGCAGCGCCAGCAGCGGCGAGGAGGGGCAGGCGGGCGGCCAGCGCGGCAGCGCCGCAAGGACCGCGCGCCAUGCAGCAGCAGCUCUUCCUCAGGGGCAGCCCUGGCUGCCUGGCCAGGCAGGCAGCGCGCCGGGUGCAGCAGCAGCAGCCGCCUCCACCGCGGCCGCCGGCCCCGCCGCCAACAGCCAGCGGGUGGCUUCAGCGGCCAGCCUGCCGCCGCCGCCUGCAGACCCUGCGGGGCAGUACGCCGAGGUACUGGCGGAUGCCAGCGAGGAGGCGCUGACGGGCGUGCUGCGCGGCGUGUUUGGCCACCCCGCCUUCCGCGGCCUGCAGCUGGCCAGCGUGCAGCGGCUGCUGGGCGGGGAGAGCCUGCUGGCCAUCAUGCCCACAGGCAUGGGCAAGAGCCUGUGCUACCAGCUGCCCGCGGUGCUGCUGCCGGGGCUGACCCUGGUGGUAUCCCCCCUCAUCGCGCUCAUGCACGACCAAGCCGCCUCGGUGCCGCCACCGCUGACUGCAGCGGUGCUGUGGUCGGGGCAGAGCCGGGCGGAUGCGCUGCAGGUGCUGGCCGAUGUGGCUGGCGGCCGCAUCAAGGUGCUGUUUGUCAGCCCCGAGCGCCUGAACAACCCGCACCUGCUGGAGGCGCUGCGGCCGCGCAUGCCGCUGCCGCUGGUGGUGGUGGAUGAGGCGCACUGCGUGGCAGAGUGGGGCCACUCCUUCCGCCCUGCCUACUUCCGCCUGGGCGCCGCGCUGGCCAGCGGCGUGCAGGCGCAGCGCAUCCUGGCGCUCACCGCCACCGCUACCCGCGCCACAGAGGCAGCUAUCCGGCAGGUGCUGCGCAUCCCGGCGGAGAGCGUGCUGCGGGACACCGCCGUGCGCCAGAACCUGCGCCUGCAAGUGCUGCGCACCGCGGGAGGCGGCUCCAGCCAAUCCAGCCGCGACCGCAUCUGCGGCCUGCUCACCGGCAGCGGCCCGCUGGCGGCCUGCCGCUCCGCCAUUGUGUACGUCGCCUUCAAGGAGGACGCCAACCAGCUGGCACGCCUGCUGGGGGCGCGCGGCAUCAGCGCCCGCGCCUACCACGCCGGCAAGGACUACCGGGAGCGGUCUGCUGUGGAGUGUGACUUUGCCGGCGGGCGGGUGCGUGUGGUGGUGGCCACGGUAGCCUUUGGCAUGGGCAUCAACCUGGCGCGCGUGUCAGCGGUGGUGCACGCCACACUGCCGCGCAGCCUGGAAGAGUAUGUGCAGCAGGUGGGGCGCGCGGGGCGCGACGGCGGCGAGGCACGGUGCGUGGCACUGCUGGACGACGCCGACUUUGUGCGCCUUCGCUCGCUGGCGUUCAGCGGAGUGCUGGACCUGGCUGCCGUGCGCGGCUUCCUUGAGGCUGUCUUCUCGCCCGUGGCGGAGGGGGAGCAGCGGCGCAGGCAGGGGGGCAAGAAGGCGGCAGCGGCGGCGGCCAAGAAGGCGGCGGUGGCAAAGAAAGGGGCGGCCGCGGCGGCAGCUUGCUCCGCCGGCAAGGGCAGGGGCAGGAAGCGAAAGGCCGCCAUGGAUGCCGGCUCGGAGGAGGAGGAGGGAGAGGAGGAGGAGGACGGAGAGAAGGCAGCAGCAGAGGCAGGAGCAGAUGCGGAUGCAGAGGCAGAGGCGCUGCCAGGCAGCAGUGAUGCAACAGAGGAGCCUCCAGGCGAGGGCGAGGAGAGCGGGCAGCAGGUCGCCGCGGCGGCGGCGGCGGCGGCAGCGGCAGCGGCAGCGGCCGGGCCGCCGCCGCGGCGUCGGUUUGGCGUGCUGGCCAUGAAGCGCCUGGCUGCUGAGCUGGACAUGCGUGAGGACAGCAUGGAGAGCGUGCUUUCCUACCUGGAGGCGGACGCGGCGCCCUGCCUCCGCAUGCUGCCCGCCACUGCUCUGUCGGUCAAGGUCUGCUUCUACUCGGCAGCUGCCGAGCAGCUGGCGGUGCAGUACCCGGUGGUCCAGUCUGUGCUGGAUUCGUGCCCCAACCCGCGCAACGGCGUGUACAGCGUGCCCGCCGCCAGGCUGGCGGCGGCGGCGCAGCAGGCGCCGGGCCUGGUGCUGCAGCAGCUGCGCGGCAUGGCGGCGGGCAGCCUCAUCAGCUUUGAGCUGUCGCGGGAGGAAGGGCCUGCCUACGAGAUCCUGCACACCCCUGCUGACCUGGACGGCCUGGCGGAGCGGGUGCACGCCCGGCUGGCGGCGGUGCUGUCGUGCCAGGUGGAGCGCCUGGAUGUAUCGUACCGCGCCCUGAUGGCGGCGGUACAGGCUGGCCAGGCGGCGAUGGGCGGCGCGGAGGAGCAGCAGGCGGCGCAGGAGGCGGCUCUGCGGCAGGCAUUGGAGCGAUACUUUGAUGAGGGGCAGGCUGGAGGCGGCAGCGGUGAUGGCGGCAGUGCGCCGCCAAACAGCAGUGCGGCAUUGGAGGGGGCAGCGGCUCCGGGUGGACAGCCCCACACGGCGGCGGCUCUGCUGCUGGACACGGCGGGGCUGCCGCUGAAGCGUGCGGAGCCAGCGCUGCUGGGCGCGGCGCGGGCGGUGCUGCGGCGCAACCGGGAGCAGGCGGGGCCGGAGCUGUCUGGGCGCGCCCUGGCCCGCAUCUUGCACGGCGUGGGCAGCCCCGCCUUCCCGCCUGACCCCUGGGGCAAGCGCAUGGGCGCAUUCUGGGGCAGCCAGAUGCACGUGGACUUUGCGGCGGUGCUCAAAGCGGCGGAGAUUGUGACUCGGGAUGAUGCCUGA